CCCCAAUCCGGAAGUGACGUCAUGUUUGAGGCUAACGUACCCACAUGCUGUUUCUUCCACAUGAUUUUCUUCAUAUCGGAGCCGUUUCUGUGAAGGAUUUUGUGACAUGAUAUCAGGAGGAGCCCUGCGGCGAUUUUAAGUGUAGAAGAUGCUGAGUGACUGUGAAGCUGCAGAGCUGCUGUCCUUCCUGACCCCCAGCACCAGGCCUGAUGUGAAGGGAAAGGCUACAGAGUACAUCCUGGGACUGUCUGGGAACAGAGAUGGCUGCCGCUUCCUCUGCUCUAAAGCCGACCUCAUCGCUGCUCUUCUUGCAUUGACCUCUGACCCCUCUGUGGCCAUAGUUAAGGACUGUUACCACAUCCUGAUCAACCUGUCUGCUGAUGAGACUCUGCACCAGGUUCUGGUCUCUAAGGUGAAAAUUCUUCCAGUGCUUUUAAAGAACCUGCAGGAUCCAGAUUAUCUGUUCUCUGAUCACAUUUCCACCAUCCUGUCCAACCUGAGCCGCCAUGAGAAGACCUGCAGAACCGUGUUCGAGGUCCUGCAGGAGGAGGUUGGUUUGGCCAAACUGGUGGAAAUCUUCUGCAACGAAAGCUACAACAAAAAGGCCAAGCUGCACUACAUGGGCCCCCUGCUGUCCAACCUGACCCAGCUUCCUGAGGCCAGGAGCUACAUGAUGGACCAGGACAGGUGUGUGAUCCAGAGAUUGUUGCCCUUCACUCACUACGAGGGGUCGUUGGUGCGGAGGGGCGGAGUCAUCGGCACGCUGCGGAACUGCUGCUUCGAGCACGCUCACCAUGAGUGGUUGCUGAGCGACGCUGUGGACAUCCUGCCGUUCCUGCUGCUGCCGCUGGCCGGUCCGGAGGAGCUGACGGAGGAGGAGAAUGAAGGUCUGCCGGUGGACCUGCAGUAUCUCCCAGAGGACAAGAAGCGAGAGGAGGACCCAGACAUCAGGAAGAUGCUGCUGGAAACGCUGCUGCUGCUGACGGCGACCAAAGCUGGCCGGCAGACGCUCAAACAGAAGAACGUUUAUCCCAUCCUGAGGGAGUUCCACCGUUGGGAAAAGGACGUUUACGUGGCGGCCGCCUGCGAGAAGCUCAUCCAGGUGUUGAUCGGUGACGAGCCGGAGCAGGGCAUGGAGAACCUGAUGGAGGUGGAGAUCCCGCAGGACGUGGAGGAGAAGCUGAAGGAGGCUGACGCCAAGGAGCAGGAGGAGCUGGAAAGAGAGGAGAGGAUGAGACGAGAAGAGGAGGAGAAGGAGAAACGUGACGCUGAAGGAACAGAUCUAGAAAAAUAGAGUGGACUCUAAGAAUGAUCCAGGCUCUAUCAUUCAUUCAUUUAUUUAUUAAUACACAUAUACAGCUCAAUGACUUAUAGCAGAGGUCUUCAACAGGGUUCCACGACCCCUAGGGGUUCCACAGAGGUACUGCAUGGGGGUAGCAAAAGUUUUUUGGGUGAUUAGACUAUUUUUUUUAUAUUCCUCCCUGCAAUU